AUGGAAGGAAUUCCCAGUGUCCGAGGCACUGUGGAGCUGAUGAUCCUUGAUUACCUGGUCUGCGUGGCUAUCAGCAAGAUCACAGCAGCCUUACGCAUGGGACAUUCCAUCGAGCAUAUUGAGUGGUUUGUGAACAUGGUUGAACUAUUUCAACAGUUAAUCAUCAACCGGACCCUUGAAUCUCCUCUCCCCUGGGAUUUGGACCUUAAACUGCGCAUUUUCCACCUGACCAAUCUCUUUGUCCACUGGGAGCCUCCCAAAGAUCGUGCACUUGGCUUCUUCACACCCCUGUCUGAGAUCGGAAUUCAGUUCAUGGACCUCUGCCACUCUGCAAUCGGCAAUGUAUCCAAGUCACGCUGGUUUGAUCUCGGUGCCCAUCUCAUGGUCCAUGCAAUGCUGGAAGAAGACGUUCGCUUCCCAGACCAACUUCGAAGACUCUGUGCCUGGACAGUCCACGACAAUGAACUUGAUGCAUAUUGGGAGGUUAGCCGUAGUCUGGUUCUAGAGCGCAUGCCAUCUCCCCAUGGCACAGCAGGCCCAGUCAGCCGAGAAGAGCUCGAUGAGAUCUUCCCUAUGGAUUUCCUGCACCAGCAUUUUGUCGAGUUUUUUGAGGAUCUCAUGGAAGUUCUCGAAGUGCCUCUUAUUCUUCAACUGGAGCGUGGCCAGGUCGAAGAUCUGACCCGAGACGAUACACGGCGGCUCCGGGGCUCUUGUGCGUUCUGA